GGAGAUGUCGAUGACCUCACCAGCAGCCGAAGGGUCACCAACCAUAGGCCUUGGUGGCUGUAACGUGUCGUUGCAGAUCACAGCGAAGUAGCGGUUCAGGCCCGUAGCUGCACAGCGAUCUCCGAUCCCAAAGGGGUAAGGGAUGGACACAUUGCCACACUUAUCAGGGCACCCUGGCAGCGCUAUGGAAAGCCCGGAAGAGGUGGCAGACAUUGCUGUCACUGAGACGAUGGUGAGCACCAGAAGGAGUAAGGCUUCUUUCAUGGUUGGGAGGCUUUUGGCAUGCGUUUUAUAUUGCUUGGCUAUUCAAAGUUGAAAAGCAUCACAAGAGGAGCUCCAGGAGUAGAACGUGAUCAAAAGCUGACUUGUUGAUGUGAACGUUUGGGUUGAGGAGCUUCUCUGAAAUUACAAGAGCGGCUGUUGUCAGUAACCUGUCAUAAUUUUGUCUAAAACCUGGAGAAGUCACAACCAGAUUUGAGGUUUAUCCAUGUGCCUAGCAGUUCUGGUUUUAUUGCCCAUUGUCUCGAGCUGUAUGCCUGUAUCUGACUACCUAAAAGGUGAAAACUAUGAGCGCAUGUGCAUGCCUGAUUGCCUGAGGGAUCGGUGACAUUUGAAACAUUCCUCGCCAUCCUGGCCGAGGCAGGGGCUUCCUUCGAGGCGGCGUGGGAUGCUGUGUUGUGAUAACUGUGAUGAUUGAUGACCAUAGCUUUGACGAAGCAUUAGAAGAAUGUCUCACAAGGUGCAGGAAAAGGAUAACUCGAUCAAGUUGGGUACAGGUGAUCUGUGUACCUUGUAUAUGAUUUAUCUAUAUAUAUUUGUGAGAAGUUCUCAUCGCUAGCAUAGAUAAUUGUCCUCCGUUGCAUACAAAGGAUGCAACUGAAUACAAUCGACACUUCCAUGGUGCUGAUUGGGAGAUGGGUCACCCUUUCGGUCUCAAUUCAUUUGUCAACUAUUAGCUGUGCAACUGUGAAGUCAGGAACUCUUGGGGCUGCAUUGGAUAUAUAUUUGGAUAAUGGAUCGACCAAAUUGAGUCUGGAGGCCUGCACAAUUUACUGAGAAAAACAGCAACAGUUUGCAAUACAACUUUGGCGGCAACGACAAUAAGUACAAGCAGACACACUGACUAGCUGCAGAAAAAAUGAGGACGCCUGGCGCUGUUUUGCGGGCCCAUCGUCUUGACCCAUUCCACUUCAAGCCCACAUAAAAAGGUGUCUGGGCCAAUAGCAUUGCGGCCCUGCCGGAAGCCCGGAGUCAGUCGUGCUGCUUCGCGCGCAACGUGGUGGGCCACGUAGUGUGGGCCGAGACCAGUUCGGCCCGCAGAAAUGUUUCUCUGAUGGGCGGCGCAGUUCGCGGCCACGGCGGAGCGGAGCCGCGCGCUUGCACUCACGGCGGCGGCGGCGGCGAGGUUUCUGGGAGCGUCGAUGCGGUGCGCCUCCCCGUACUCGUACGCCGUCCUCGAGCGCCUCCUCCAGGAGUACUUCCCCUUCCCGCGCCGCCUCCUGCAGCUGCACACGCUCGUCCUCACCUCCGGCGCGCUGCUCCCCGAUCCCAAAUGCUCCCCCGCCAUCGUCACCGCCUUCCCCUACAACUGCCUCGCCCACGCGCACCUCCGCCUCUCCGCCGCCUCUCCCCCGUCGGCCCCACUGCGCCUCUUCUCCGCCAUGCUCACCCACGGCGCGCGCCCCAACCGCCACUCCUUCCCCUCCCUCCUCAAGUCCGCCGCUGCCUCGGGCUCUGCCGCCGCCGCGGGGGCGCUCCACGCGCAGUGCCUCCGCCGCGGCCUCGCGAGCGACCGCUUCGUCGCCUGCUCGCUCGUCAGCGCCUACGGCCGGACGGGCCACCCGGCGCGCGACGCGCGCAAGGUGUUCGACGAGAUGGAGGGGAGCCCGGACCUGGCCGCCUGCAACGCCCUGCUCGAUGCUCUGUGCCUUGCCGGGGACCUCGAAGCGGCGGGGACCUUCUUCGAGCAGAUGCCGGCUAGGGACGCCGUGUCAUGGACGACAUUCGUGUCUGGGCUGUCGCGCGGUGGCCGGCACCGGUGCGCUCUCGAGGUGUUCAGGGGAUUUUUGCUGGAUAACAUGGGACGAAGGCUCGAGGAGGCCACGUUGGUCAGCGUGCUCUCAGCCUGUGCCAACCUUGAUGGUGCUGAGGGGCUUAUGUCGGGGAUGGCUGUCCAUGCGUACGUGGUCCGCCAUGAGGUUGAGCCCACUGCAUUUCUCGGGACAGCUCUGGUUGACAUGUACGGGAAGCAUGGGAGGCUUGGUGGGUGUACAAGUGCUUUUGAGUUCGUCUGCAAGAAGGAGGUUUGCACAUGGAACGCGCUGCUGUCGGCAUUGGCUAAUCAUGGGAAGGAGGCUGAAGCGCUGGUUAAGUUUGACAUGAUGAGGGCUGAAGGGUUCUUGCCAAAUCAGAUAACCUUUGUUGCUCUGCUGAUGGCUUGUGCUCGUGCAGGAUCGGUGGAGAUUGGGUUAUACUGGUUUGAGGCCAUGGUCGCCGAAUACAAGGUGACACCACUAAUGGUCCAUUAUGGAUGUGUUGUGGACUUAUUAGGUCGUGCUGGCCGUUUUAUGGAUGCCAUUCAAGUUAUAGAGAGGAUGCCCUUCGCGCCUGAUGCUUCUGUGUGGGGUGCUCUUCUUGGGGCUUGCAGGCUCUAUGGAAAUGUGGAGCUUGCAGUGGAGGUUGGGCAGAAACUGAUGGCCCUUGGCCCCCAGCAAUCAGGUCGAUAUGUCACUGUUAGGAAUGUUUUUUUAGAAGAUGGUAAUUGGCAGGCUGGUGUGAGAAUGGGAGAGGUGAUGCAGGAGGCUGGAAUCAAGAAGAUAGUAGGGCAGAGCAGUGUGGUGCUUCUUGGUCAUGCCAUUCCUUGAUUAUCGUACAUUGCAAAAUGUGUUGGUCAAGAACGGAUGCUCUUUAAUGAUUCUUAACAUAUGUUUGUUCACAUUGGACCAGUUCCACAUGGGUAUAAUAUAGCUUCAAAGAGAUUUAGUCAUGACUCAUGAGUCGUGAUCCAUGAUUGGAUCAGAGCGGGGGAAGGAAUCAAGCCACCUAGCCACCCAUGUGAAGAAGAGACAGAUGUGAUGUCAGUUGCCUGUGAACUCCAACUCCAAGCAUUGUGACUCCAGGAGUCCAGGUGGACCAAGGAGCUUAAAGAAUCGCACGCUUCAACCUUCAAAGCAGGAAACCCAGUAACUUGGCGGCAACAGGUUGGACGAAGAACUAUCACCCACACUGACCAGACGGAAAUUUCGUUACACUAUCAUCACCAAUGUACGAGGGUGGGAAAUUGCUGGUCUUGCAUCAGCUUCCGACAGCAAGCAGUGCACAAGACGGGGACACGAAAGGAUGGUGCACAUGCUGAAACCGUGCCGUGUGCUUCCAAAGUAUUGGCGCAAGAUCGUUCAUUGACGAUGGAAGUUGAAAGUUGCUGCCGCCGUGGCCGAAGCGCAGUACCGGUGUGUUGGAAACAAAGCUGGAUGCGGUCUCGUCUCAAGUUCUCAGUAACAGCCGCUUUGCUUCCAUCUUGAUCAGACCGGCUCAUGUAUGCAUGUUAUUGUUGUUGAAAAUCCAUUCUGAUGUAAAUCUCUGUUAGAGUAGAGGUGCAAGACAAAUGGAAACAGGGAUGUUAUUUUUUGUACCUUUGGGCUGAGGCCAAAAUUUGGCUUGCGAUGCUCGGGCGGAAUAUGGGCUGGCAGCUAUUGCCGGGCUGGUUAUGAUAUCUGGGCUGGGCCUAAAUUUGUCAGGAAA